AUGGAUUCCUCUGUCCAAGCCCGUCUCCUUGAGCGUCAGGAGGACCGUAAGGCAGCUUUGGAGAAGAGGAGAGCAGAGAGGGAGCAAACACAACGAGUGGAGGAGUCUGUAGACUACUUAGAACAAAAGUUCAUUGAGAAGAAGAAAGUUGUGACUGAUCUCUUAGAGAACUCCAGCAGUGUCCCUCGUGACAAGCUAUCGCCGUACUUCAAUGAGGUGGCUUUGAAAUGCCAGGACCUGCAGAAGCACGUAUCAGACUCUGUGCUCUUUCUCACGGCGUACAGCCUAGGACAGUACCAGCAGCAAAUUACUCAGCUCCAACAUCAAAUAUCAGCACGGCAGGAGGACAUUAUGCCUAAGAAGAAGUUUGCCUUCAAAUCCAGACGAAAAGAAUCGUCGAACCCACCCCCAAAAACUGCAGUAGCUAAGGAUGUUGCCAGCUCCAAGGUUGUGGCUUCUCUCUCUCAGCAGUCUAAAAUAGGCUUUAAGGACAAGUCACACGAGACCCUCUCAAUGAGUGAGGGUGACAGUAGGGGCCAAGACCUGAAUCUCUCUGGGCUGAGCCACUGUGAAGUGAGAUUGCCUGGAGCUCCCACCACCUUGCACAUGAGCAGGCUAGACAACUGCAGAGUGUUGUGUGGUCCUGUAUCCAGUUCAGUGUUUGUGGAUGACUGUAAGGACUGUGUGUUUGUGGUGGCCUGUCAGCAGCUGAGGAUCCACACCUCCACUCACUGCACAUUCUACGUUCACGUCACCAGCAGGUCUAUCAUAGAGGACUGCUCCUUCAUUACCUUUGCUCCUUAUAGCUGGACCUACCCUGAGCUGAAUGAGCAGUUCAAAGUAUCAGGAUUGGACCAGAGUGUAAACAAUUGGCAGAUGGUGGAUGAUUUCAACUGGUUAGCUUCCUCUGAUCCAUCUCCUAAUUGGAGCAUUCUACCCGAGCAAGACAGAACACUCUUUUAAUUGAGUUAAACAUGCAUUUAUGUCGACACAAUAUUUGUGGCAUUUUAAACUCAUGAUUAUAAACAAUGUUACUAUGACAACA